CAGAGCGGCCGCCAUGAUUCUUCUGCAGAUGUUUUCAGUGUUCGGACUGAGGGGAUUUCACGCUAAGAUAACACCCUGAAGCUCUGCACUUAAACCUGUUUCAAUGCACUCAUCGACGUUAUAGAGAUACCAGAGUCUCCAAGAUAACACGCAGUCUUGGGUUAUGGCGACCAAUGCCGGUGAUGAUGAGUUUGAUGAAUAUGAUAAGCCUGGUGCUGAAAGGUCAAGAAGACGAAGAGGAGAUGACGACGAUGACUUGGAGAGUGAUCUGGAGGAAGACUUACUUGAAGAAGAUUGGCUGUCAUCAAAAAAGAACCCAUCAGAGCUGUCAGAUGAGGAGCUGAACGAUGACCUCUUGCAAAGUGAUGAAGAGGACCAAAUUGAAAGUGGCCAGGGUGAAGUUUUGAGUUUAAAUGCAACUCUGGGUCUGGGGACCUCAGGUCAACUUCAGGAUGAAGAUGCUGAAGGGGGCCGAUAUACAGAAGAGGCCUUUGAACAGACAGAGGUUGGGCAAGAGGGUUUCGCUCAUGAUGAGGAGUAUGGGGGUGAGGAGUACCAAGGAGAGGAGGAAGGGAUGGAAUACACAGGAGAGCAGAAUUAUGAUGGAUAUCAAGAUGAAGUGCUGGACCUACAGAUCGAUGAGCCACUGGAUGAUGAUUUUCAAGUGGAUGACUAUCCGGCUGAGUAUAGUGAAGAGCAGCAGGAACAGCAGACUGACCAACAGGAAGUUGAUGAAGAGGAACAUGAGGAGGAAACUGAGUAUGGCUCUCAGGUCCCAGAAUUAGAAGAGGCAGAGAAUGACCCUGUAGCUGAAGCUGAGCCUGACCAGGGCGUGGAUGUGAAGGAGGAGUCUGAUGAGGAAGAGGAAGAUGAUGAGGAAUCUGGUCGCCUGCGAUUUAAGACAGAGCGUAAAGAUGCCACUGUAGUUAGGCUGUCGGAUGCCACUACUAAAAGAAGGAACAUCCCAGAGACAUUAGAGCUCUCUGAGGAAGCUAAAGCAGACCUGCAAGAGUUUGAAGAAAAGGAACGUCAGAGGAAGCAGGGCCGUUUUGGAGGGCAAGGGAGAGGUGGACUGCGAGCAGAUGGAGGGAGAGGAGGAAUGGCAGGUAGAGGAGGGGUCAGGGGAAGAGGAGGACAAGGAGGCGGUGGAAGAUGCGAAUUCCCUCCUUUUGGAAUGGGGAAUUUCCGUGGAGAUGGAGUUGGAGGGCGAGGGAGAAUAAAUGAGCAAAGGCCUCCAUUGAUGCAAAUGAACUUGGGGAUGCAGCAGCUCAGAAUGACUCCUCCACUCCAGCAUCAUCAACAGUCUCGUCUGACAGGCCAUAGAGGUGCUGGAGGUCCAGGGCUUUUUCCAGAACCAGGCGCCUCACUCCCUCAGCAGCCACUGCAGCUGUUGAUGCCACACCUGGCCCACCGUUCGCCUGGGCCAUCUCCCAGAGCCCAACACGACACACACGGGCUGCGCAUAUUGAGCUCUCUGCCACGGCACGCACCCCCACACCCCAACCAGCAACAGCAGCAUCAACAGCACCACUCCAAGAACAUUCACAUCAACCCUCACUUCAGAGGACCUUCGUCCUCACCUGUGCAAGUUCCCUCAAUGCCUCCUGUGCAGAACCAACCAAGGACUAACAUCGCUCCACAGAGACUCCCAGCUCCUCCUGAUUUUCAGCGACAUCUCCAAGGGAAUUUUGGCCCACCUCAGCGGCCCCUGCCCCCCCAGGAGCAAUGGAGAGGACCACUACCUUCUCAUCAGGAUCGAGAACACUUCUACACUGGUGAACCACAUUUUCCAGGCCAGCACCAGUUUGAUCAGACAGGCCCUCCCCCCCUCAUGAAUAGCAAUGUUCUUCCGAUGUCGGGACAAGGCCCUCUGCCUUUCCCCCCACAAGGGGGGCUAGGAGGUUCUGUAUUUGGUCCUCUAGGACUUGGGCAGAGCCAAGGGCCUCAGGGAGGUGGUGUUUUCCAGAGAGAGUCCCCACGUCAGAGUCUGGCCCCACAGCAUGCAGGCCCCCCUGGACCACGUGGCUUUGUGGGUCACAGACAACCCUUCUCUCCCCAGCAGCUGGGACCCCCCUUUAGCCCUCAGAACAUGCCGUUUGGUAUGCAGGUACGGCAGAGAGGUCUAAUGCAGCAGCACUCUCAACCCCUGCACCAUGAUCCUUCACUAUCCCAUCAGCACUUACACCAGCAGCAGCACCAGCAACACAGACAGGACUUGCCCCCCCAGGGCCUGCCUCACUCCCAGCCACUGCCCCAACACCAUCAGCACUACCAACACCACCCAAGGGACCAACAUCCCACUGUGCACGUCUCCCAGCCUAAUUUCUGCCAACCUGUUCAAAGUGGGCAUAGACCAAUGCAGCCCCGCCCACAGGGAAUCCAGCAGCGAAACAACCCUCCCAGACCCAGAAUGACAUCUCCUUCUCCCCUGCAGAAGAUCCCGCCUCAGCGCAACAGCAACCUUCGUGAGCUGCCCAUUGCUACUGGCAACAAUAAUGUCAACUUGUCAGUGCCUAGUGGGCAAGCAAAGCCAGUUACCAGGGCAACACAGAAUGUUAGGUCAGGACAACCUGCUCGUGCUGGACCUGCAGGAAGAGGAGGACCUGUGGCACAAAGGCAGGUUGCUGCCAAAGUACUGCAGCAGCCCAGUGCACCUCAAAUGAAGAAAGAGCGGCCAGCUGCACAGUCAAGCACCACUCCAGAGGACCCAGAUGAAGAUGAGGAGACACGUCAGUACCGGCUAAAGAUCGAGGAACAGAAGCGUCUGCGAGAAGAGAUCCUCAAGCACAAAGAGCUGCGCAGGCAGCAGCAGGCUGGUGUUCGCAAAAAAGAACUGAUGGAAAGAAUCAGUGGUCGGAGCCAAAACCAGACCUCACAAACACAAAACCCAACACAGCCCCCCACAGCCCAACGCCCUUCUCAACCCCCGCAACAGGUAUCUUUACUGUCCUCUAAUGGUACAACCCAGAACCCUUCUUCGGGUCUGAGCACCCCUCGUGAGAAUGUUAAAGCCCGUCUACAGAACACUAAACCUCAGACACCGACUUCAGGUUGGUCUGGGGCACAGCAGCAACAGAAAACUGGUCCUCCUGUCAGCCAGCAGGGCCAAUGGCAGCCACAACAGAAGAAGACCGUGAAUCCACAGAACACUCAAGGACAGGGCACAGUUCAGAGUAACCCAGCUGGGGGGCAAAUCCUGGGUCAGCCUCAACCCGGGGGAAAGAGAACAGUGAUGCAGCGAACAAACAGUGUGGAAUCAUCACAGGUUCCACAGAAAGUGCGAGUGGUUAAGCUUUUAGGGGAGGCAGAUGCUGGUCCCAACCCUGUUGCCCCACCUCAGCAGCAACAUCAGCAGCCAAUUGGUCGGCCUGCCCCCCAACAGAGGCUCAGUCCCAACAGGAAAGUUACCGUGGCAACUGGAACUGUACAAAAUCAACAGGCUGGCCGUGGCAUGGCAAACCAAACAAACCGGGUGGUAGUUCGGGGACGAGGACGAGGCCGUGGUGUGGGGCGUGCAAUGAUGCAACAGAACCCAAGAGCUCAGGAUGGUCAGCGCAGCACCGUCUGCAUUGAGGGUUUGUCCACCACCACCACCAACAAACAGCUCAUGAACCUGCUCAACUCUAUUGGUCCUAUUGAGAGGUUUACAAUGUUUCCCGAGCAGCAGAAAGCCAUCGCCAAAUUUGUGAACCCACAGCAUGCAGUGAGUUUUCAGCACAGCUUUCACAGGCACAUGAUAGAUUUGUCUCACAUCGAUGUUUCCAUUAUUGAUGGCUGAGGAACAAGUCAGUUCAACAGAAGAGAAGAAAAGACAAGUGAGCAAGAAGCUUUUCUGAACAAUGGAUGCACAAGCAGGAGGCCAAAGCUGAGGAAGCUGUGAGGAAAGUGAUGUCAACAAACUCAAGCCACUUGCCUGAGAACCAAAAACAAAGAGCCGAAACACUAGCAGUGUCCUGCUGAACAUGGCAGCAGUGGAACCGAUGUUGAGAAUUACUUUGGCAUGAAGUCUCGCUCUUCUUUUUGUAUCUUCAUUGGUAAUGGGAAAUUAGUAAAUAGAUGGGGAAAACUCUUGAAGUGAAAAGAGACAUGAGGUAUGAAGCCAGGACUUUUUAUAUGACAGUUGAUAAUAGUUGCUCCCAUCCUAUUUCUUGUGAGACAAACAAUAACAAAUUUGAAUGGCUUAUUUUGGUCAAAGGAUUUAAGAAUUCUUGCUGCUUUGGAUUUUCCUCAGUCAUUGAUUUGACAAAGUGGCCUCACUUUUAUAGUUCUGCAGUUGUUUUGUGCCACCUGUAGAGGGCAGCGUUUGAAUGAAAAUGUGUGCUGUAUGGAGCUCUUUGGAUUGGGGCAGUUGGACAUCGCCUUGAAAAGCACUGCUUUGCCUUGCAGAGAAAUUGAAGUGAGCCUGUUGUGGGACUUCAGGGUCGUGUUUGGUUGCAGUUUCAUUAGUUACAUAACUUUCGGAAGCCACUGUGAGAUUGCAAGCCACUCAUAUUUGUGCAUUUGUUCCAUGACCGUUAAUGCUAAGUUUAUUCAUUUUCCAUUUCACCAUUAUAUUUCUGUUCCAGUUUUGCUUUAGGUUGGUUUUUGUUCUGUAGAGCUGGAGUGGUGUUGCAUGGCUUGUGAGUCUUUCUUUCCUAGAGACAUGGUAUUUUCAGUGUUCAAAAUUGUUUGUCAGUAAAUGGCUUUUAUACUUUGAUUUUAAGUUUAGAUGCUAGAGUAGCAUAUUCAGAUUGUUUUAAUUGUUGACAUUGGCUUCUAAGAAAAUAUUAAAGGCUGGCAUCAGUCAUAAAGCAUUUCAUGCCCCCUACUCCCUUUUAAAGUGUUCGUUUUUCAUUCCUCAACAUUUGGCACAUAUUGUGUAUGAAAGAGAAUGAUAGAAUCAUGGCCCAUAUAAUGAUUUCAUAGGAUUUUAUUGUGGCGUUCCAUUUGCUUGCAUGAUCUGGAUUAUCUAGUGCACGAGCACUAGAUGUAACUAUCCUGUUUACAAAAGCGACUUUUGGAUAUUUGGGCUAUUCAUAAUGAGUGUAUGUUAGAACAUUGUUUCUAAUCAAGUGGUCUGUUGUUUUGAAGUUUGUCAGACGGGGUAAUACAGGUUACUAAUUGAAAUAUAGAUAAAGAGAUUGCCCAUCAUCAAUUGCCAGGUGACCUUCAAGAACCCUUAAUCUUGAAAUUUGUUACCCAAGGCUUAGAUUUUUGGAAGAUGGAUUUUUGGAACACAUGCUUUAUGCAGAAAUCUUACUCAUAAGUUAACAUAUUGCAUCAUACUAAUAAUCAGAACUCACUCAGGAUUUCCAAGCUUAAAUUAUGAUUCAAUUUAUUAUUAUUAUUAUUAUUAUUAUUAUUAUUAUUAUUGAUAGUCCAUCCCUACUGUGUAAGCAUUCUACUUUGUCUAGUCUAAUGGCACAGCUUAACCUAAACAUUCACACCUUUCUUCGGUGUAGUUCAUUAUAGUGUACAUAUUUGUGAUAAUAAAUUCAAUCUCUCCACUUACAUUAUACGUUACUUGUGUACAAAAAACAAAAUCUUGUUAUAUUAUAUGGAAUGUCUUGUAGAAGUCUCAUACAUAUAAACCACCUCAAAGAGUACAAGACAGAGUAAGGGUUCUUGUAGCUAUUUGCACAUGCUACAAUUUCAAAGGAUUAUGGAGCAACUAUUAUCAGUGGUCUCUUUCAUGUAUAUAAUGAGGAACAAAAUGUUUGUAUGAAGCUGUCAAGUCCAUUGUUUUCUCAUCUUGAAAUCUUUCCAUGUUUGAAAGUAGUUUGAAAAUACCUCCUGGUAUGUGACAGGUAAAUAUAUUUUCUCAGUUUGUUUUUAUAUAGAACUAUAGAAAAAAAACUAUUCCUUGGUCAUUUUACAACAGUUUUGUUUUUGAAAAACUUAGAGCUUAUUAUUUGAGGACAUUUUAAAGAAGAAAAAUAAAAGAUGGUCAUGUAUAUACCAUGUAAAUACGGGUAUGUGAAGCCAACUAACUUUAUCACCCUUAACUGUUGUCUGAUGUGGAUUUGUGUUUAAAGAUUCCCCCUUGCAAUUUAAAAAGUGCUUUUUAUUAUCUGAACACAGUAUUCUCAUUUUCCUAAUUCUCCAUCCCCCUAAAUGUUUCUCUCUAUUCUGCCAAUUGUUGAAAUGGAUUUUUCUGGGGAAAUGAUAUUGUUCUUCGUAAGGUGCAACCAUUGAUCUCAAGUCAGGUUAAUUCUAAUGUUUUGGUUACUAUGCUCAGACAUAAUAGCCCAAGGUUUUGGCCACACUGAGUGUAUUUAGUUCAUUUUGUAAAGCUGCUACCCUUAACUACCCACUUGUUUUAAGAAGUACUUUUAAUUUGCUAAUAUACCCUCUUCUAUUAUAGCAUGGUUAAUACCAGUGUCCUUUUUUGUCUUUUUGUUUAUUUUGAUAAUUUGCAUCUUGAGUUUCCAGGAAUCAUAGAAAUAUACACAACGGGUAAGAUUGUGAAAUAUGUUAAAGAAGCAAAGUGUAUGGAUCUACUUAAAACCAUUUUCCUUUUUUUUCUUUUUUUUUACUUUGUUGCUGAAAGGUGCAUAACGCACAGUUGAUUUGUUUGCCCAGUUGCACAAGUUUAUCCAUUUUAUUGGAUUUGUUUACAUUUUUUACAAUAUAUAUAAAGAGAGUGAAUCUUGUGGAUUUAAAGAGUUUCAGCUAGGCUGAAUAAUGUUUCUUAAGACACCUUUUCUAAGUCUUAUAAGACGUGACAUUUAUAAAUUGUUUGUCUUAUAAGAGAGAAAAACUGAUUCACAUUGAACUUUUUACUAGUAACUUCAUUGUAAGUAUAGCAUUUUAAAAAAGUGUAGAGUUGGGAAAACUGUCUUUUUCCAAAGUAAUUACUCAAGUGAUGUAAAUUUAGGUUUUUAGAGGUUCUCUAUUCUUAAAUUGGUUUUUAGAAAAUGUAUUGCUCAGAGACUUUAGACACUAAUUAUGGAAUUGGUAUUAUGUAAUAUAGAUAAAAAAUAGGCUGCAUUUUUACUUUUUUAUUAAUGUGUUUUUAUUUAGUUUUUUAUUUAGUUUUGUUUUGUUUUAUGUCUGUCAAUGAAGUGUCUGGCACACUCCGAAAUAUUUUUUACAUGGAUCCUGCUGCUAUUGUUAAGCAAUUGGCCAGUAUAUUUAAAGGACCAGUGUAGCCUAUUGUUUCAGAUUAAAAAAAGGUUAUUUAUAUAAUGGUAGCCUAAGUGUAAGACCAGAGAUGUAGCAUUUUCUCCCAUAAAAAUGGGAAGAAAUGGUGACUCUUUCAAAUUCUGGUGCUCUUUUUGCUUAACCAUUUUUGCCUUUUUUACUCUAUUAUUAUUAUUAUUAUUAUUUAUUUUUUUAGCAUCAACACAAGCUUCCCAUUGGCAGCAGCAUAUUUAUUCAUUUGUAAUUUGAAAUUAAACCAAUCUUCUUUCUAUUCCAGGACAGAGCUUCCAGAAACACAGGAAGGAGGGUUUUUCCAUAAAAGAAAUGUACUGUAGCCCUUUUUACAUUUUAAGAUGUAAUAUGCAUUGGUUCUCAAACGGACGUUUUAGCUGUGUCGAUUGUUAAUACUUUCAUUACAUUAUUUGUUAGUAAAUCUUUGGAUUUAUAGUUUCAUUUGUGCUGCAAAGUAACUGAAAAGUUGUUGAAAACUAUUUUGUGGCUAACAUGCAGGCAUUCCAUUUGUAGGGCAAUAAUUAUCACAGUAAGGUUGAAUCAUGCCCAAGUUCUGAUUAGUUGUAAUGAAAUUCUGCAUUGCUGCUGUGUAGCUAGUUUUAAACAUUAAAAUUUGAACAUGUUGGACAUGUGAUGGAGUCAUCCUGUGGCAUGAUUGAGAAAGAUGAUUGGCAAAGUAAACCUUGCAUAUGUACAUUAUAACAUGGUGUGAGUGGACAUGACCUGACGAGACCAUGUUUUGAGAAUAGACAGACUUACAAACAACCAUUUCUGGUGCCAUGGAUAUCUAUGGCACAUGGUGGGAUAAUGCACUAGAACUUCAUGUUCUUAUGUCUACGGACUGGCAAGUUAAUUUUGAAUCUGGUCUUGUUUGGCUGUUUUGAACUAGUGCAGAAUUAAUUUUAGUUUGGUGGCUGUCAGGUUUUUUGCUUCUAAGCAAAUUUGAACUGCUUUGUUUUUGUGCCUUGUUUAUCAUCUUAGUGUAAUGAUUGACUGUAGAAGAGAUGCAUACAUGAUACCUUCCCAUACCUUCAUUCAGAUGUUUCAGCCAACUAUAUUCAAGUUGUGGCUUCUGUUGUUUUCAGGGGCCUUUUUACAGUUGAUCUGGUGUUUAGCUUUAUGCUUUUGCAGAUAGUAUCAGAGAUGGGAAAUGAAUUAAAAUAAUACAAAUAACAUCUACGUAAACUGCACGCUAUAGAGAAUUGUUUCUUGAACAAGAAAACAUUAGGUUGUAGGUAUCUCUCUCCUUGAAAGGAAGAUUGUUUGUGAAAACCAUUGCAUAUCACCUAUAAAGACUGAAUUCCUUUGAUUUUGUGGUGUGAUGCAUAUCAAAAGACAGAAGUAAUACACUAAUACAUUAAUGGUAUGAAAAACCCUCCUUUUGGUAAUAAUGUUGCAUCUCUCUCUCCAGAUGAUUCUUAUUUGUGUUAAUUUUUCAACAGGUGCUCUUCAGUUUGUGGUACCAGAUACCAGAUGUAUUCCUUCUGUCAUACCUUUCUUUUCUUUCUUUCUUUCUGUCUUUCUGUUUGUCUGACUGUCUGUGUCUGUCUGUCUGUCUGUCUGUCUUUUUCAACUCACUUUGUCUCGCUCUCUCUUUCACACUGUCUUUGCUCUUUUCAUUGGGGAAUAAGGGUUGAUGGGAAGCUUUUAAUGUGUUGUGUGAACAUAAUCCUUCUGUAUCCAAGCAGGGGGACCUUGCCUCUGGAUUUCCUUUCAGUAUUAUCCCACGUCCGUGGAAGUUUUACGUCUCUGGGACCACUCCCUACUGAGUUCCAAAGUUCAAAAACUUGCACAAAGCCACAAGAAUGACCUGUACACUCUUACCAAUUGUACACAUGUUGGAUGAAAAGAACACAUUACUUGAAAAUUAUUGUAUGAGGGGAAGUGAUUUAUGCAUUGCACUGUUUUAAUCACUGUUUUUGUUGUCCCUCAGUCUUGUGUUAAUGAAAUUGUUUUGAUGUGUCUGAAAUGUUUACUCCAGACUUGCACCUUGAAUUAUGUGGAAUAGAAAUGGUGUUUGUUUUCUAGCCUUUAUUGUGCUUGUCAAAUGAAAACCAAUAAUAUGCCUUGUUCAUACUUGAAGAAUAAAUUGUAUGAAUGAAUACUUAAA